ACUUCAGUUCAGUUCAGCCAACCACACCACGUCCAUGGCUGAGGCUGCCGAAACUCUUCUUGCCGCCGCUGAUUCGUCUAGCUACACGGCGGAUGCGCUCGAAACCUUCCCUCUGCACCGCGCAGUGUUUGCUGCAGACGCUGCGGCGCUGACCAAGCUGCUCGCGGAGACCGCAUCGACGCUGCUCCCUGCGCACUUGCUCGCCCACGGCGGGGCUCUGACUGCUUCUGCCUCGGCUUCUGCUUCUGCUUCUGCUUCGUCGUCCUCUGCAAGCUCUGCGAGCAGCAGUGGCCUCGAAGCGGCCGCCGCUGGGUCCAGGAACAGCACGCUGUCCAACACGAGCUCGUCCUCGGUCGCGACCCCGAUGGACUGGACCCAGUCCUCGCGAGGGCCGCCGACGCCCAAGGACCAGCAGGACAAGUUUGGCAACACGCCACUGCACAUUGCCGUCAUGCUCAACCGCAAAGAAUGUAUCGACGCCUUGCUGAAUGCUGGAGCUUCGAUCAAUAUCAACAACCGCGGUGGCUGGUCUGCGUUUGAAGAGGCGGUUUCCCUCGGAGACCGCGACCUCAUUCGUCGAAUGCUGCAACUGCAUCGUGAGCACGAGCGGCAGGUGGACCGUCUUCGAACUCCUGCACUUCUCCAGCAGAUCGACCAGUUUGGCGACUUUUAUUUGCAAAUCAAGUGGGAUUUUCACACAUGGAUUCCACUCGCUUCAAGGCUCCUUCCCAACGACGUGUGCCGCAUUUACAAGCGUGGAACUUGCAUACGAUUGGAUUCGACGCUGGUGGACUUUUCAGAUAUGAAAUGGCAACGAGGCAACAUUUCCUACUUGUUCGAGUGUGACGCAGCAGGCGAAGCAACCAUCACUUCCAUUAAGCACGACGAAAAGACAUUUCAGCGCGUCACAAAGGACGCAGUGGACGAGUACAUUGAAGACGAAAUUGACAUGAUCAUGUCGUCAGACAUUGGUACAGCGAGCAUGCCCACCAAGCACAUUGGGUUUACACGCGCCAAGUCGGGAGUGUGGGGCUGGCGAAAAGAGCGCACCGACACUGUCGGCUCGUUCUCGGCUCGCGUGUACAACGUGUCUGGUACCAAUCUCAUCAUGCGCAAGCGUCGCGAGCACCUGUCCGAAGAAGACGUGCGCACCAACCGUGAAUUCCUGCGACAACUCCGCCAAGGCACGCCCGGACACCAGCAGCAUCCGGAUGACUCAGACUCGGACGCAGAUGACGGUGAUCGUGGUGGUGACGACGACAACAACUCUGGCAGCGAAUCGGCACCUGAAUUUCCCGCAUCGAGCUCAGUUCAUAGUCCCAUUUCCGCCCCGGCUGACCAAGGCGGAGUGGGGCUUGCUGCGUUGCUUCCAGCACCAACGUCGUCGUCCAUCGCAACGCCAGAUCUUCUCAAUAGCUCGUCGUUGUCCACCCUUGAAGUCGAUUCAUCGGCAGCCACGACAGCAUCGUUGGCGAACAACACUGGAAGCAUUGUCAUGUCAGGAGAUUCACACGCUGCCGGAGAUGACGACGAAGUCGAGCACCGACCAUCCUUGCCGCCUCCGCCGGCCAAUCCAAUCACGUGGGCCGAAUAUAUGGCCAUGCCGCUCGACGGUGCGCAACCCCAACUUGGCCGCGCCGUCGUGCUCAAGUCGUCUGUCAAAUCCUUCAAGCCGGUCGUGUGGAUGUGCGACGAGUUCCCGCUCUCCGUGGAUACCGUCAUCAAGCUGCUGACGGUUCUUGCACCAGCCCACAAACAUUUGACCAAGCUCAAGCAGUUUGUGGCCACCAAGUUGCCAACAGGCUUCCCGAUUAAACUUGAGAUGCCAGUCUUCCCUACAGUGACGGCGCAAGUGACAUUCCUCGAGUAUAGUGGCCAAACCCAGCCGGAAGAGCUGUUCAAGGUUCCCGAAGGCUUUACGGAAACUCCUGCCGAUCAACCGCGCGGAACCCCGACCGCGUCCGAGUGACAACGCUGUCCUUCCUUUUUUUUCAUUGGUACUUGACACCAGUGAACGCUGACGAGCAAUUGGAAGGAAUGGAAGGAACGCUUUUCAUUCGAUGAAGCUCGCGCACGAGCUGGUGAUAAAAUAACACAAAAUAUUCAUAACAGUACCAACAAGGAUAUGGAAAACUAAAGUAACAAAUAAC